UCCCAACAGCUCUGCAGGCACGGGAAGCCCUACAGUUGAGAGAAGAACCUAUCCACCUCUGUAACUGACUGCUGCGGUCUUGACAGAGCCCGGCAUCAACAACAAAGUCCACCGCGGGUGGGUUAAUUCAGCGGAGGCCUAGACUGCAGCACGCGUUGUUCGUCGGGGGACUUGCCGCCGAUGUCGCCUCCCCUGUGGGCCCUCAGCCUACCAACAGGCACCGUCUUCGUUUUUGUUCCCCGCGUCAUUUCCUGGGCGCUGCAAGUCAAGUCUGGGGUGCCCCUGAGCAACGUCAACCCUCGAGAGCAGGUCGAGAGCAAGGAUGUCGCCGCCAAGGAUACACAUGGGUACGUGCGUCGGGCGUACGCGGCUCACCAGAACAGCUGGGAGGCCAUGAUCCUGUGGUCAGUGGCGGUGCUCUUCGCAAAAUCGACGGGGGUGGACGCGGGCGUGAUGAACAAGAACGCAGCUGUGUGGUUAGCCGCUCGGUUCGUAUAUACACCGGCGUACGUUAUGAUCAGGAGCAACACGAAGGCUUUCUUCCGAACUUUCAUUUUCAUGAUCGGCACGUCCUGUUCCAUGCGCCUCAUGUGGCAGGCCGCUCUGAAGGCUUGACGCAACUCCCUUGAGAGCGCGGUUGACUUGAUUCACCCAUUGUCUCACCGCGUUGCGAGCGGUACAUCCCCCAUCAUCCCGGGCUCCUUUACCGCCUGGGAUCGUUCUCGGUGA